AUCUUUUAAUGACUUAACACAGUAUUUUGUUUUUCCGUGGAUUAUUAGCGAUUACGAGUCUGAGACAAUUGACUUGUCCGAUCCCAAAAUUUAUCGUGAUUUAUCUAAACCAAUUGGAGCAUUAAAUCCAGCGAGAUUACAGCAAUUUGUUGAUCGAUAUGAAUGCUUUGAUGAUCCAUCAGGAAGGAUAAAAAAGUUUCAUUACGGAACACAUUAUUCAAGUGCAGCAACUGUAGCAUGUUAUCUAAUUAGGAUGGAGCCAUACACAUCUGUGCAUAUUUCUUUGCAAGGAGGAAAAUUUGAUCAUGCUGAUCGUCAAUUUCAUUCCAUUCAAGAUACAUGGCAUUCUGUUAAUAAUGCAAGUGGCGAUGUUAGAGAGUUGAUACCUGAAUUUUUUUAUUUACCGGAAUUUUUGGUAAAUUAUAAUAAAUUUGAUCUUGGUGAUGGUACUAGACUCGAUAAUGUGGGUCUGCCAAAAUGGGCGCAUUCUCCUGAAGAAUUUGUUCGCAUUAAUCGUGAGGCUUUAGAGUCAGACUAUGUGUCUGAGAAUUUACAUCAUUGGAUAGAUCUAAUAUUUGGCUACAAACAAACUGGAGAAGAAGCAGUCAAAGCAUGUAAUGUAUUCUAUUAUUUAACGUAUGAGGGCGCUAUAAACAUCGACAGCAUCCAAGACUCAGUAGAACGCAAAAGUAUCGAACAACAAAUAUAUCAUUUCGGACAGACACCAACACAAUUAAUGACCAAACCACACCCACCACGAUUCCUUAGUAAAGAUUUUCUUAGGAAAGAUCUAUUAAAUUCAAAUGACAACCAACAAAGAUUUGUUGUUGAAUUGAAAUGUGGAAAGUUACAUUUUGUUGAUUUGCCAAUACCAGAUAAAGAAAGUUUUCAAGAUGAACAAGCAAUAAUUACCAUUGAUGAGAAUGGGAUUAUUGGAUACCAUCGAGUUAUACAUAGAAGCAUGUCUCCAGAUAUACCAUUUACAGUAGAGGUUGAUCCUAAUUUGCAGUACAAAACUUUCGAUGCACUUAUUACACCAAGAUGUUUUACUUGCAGUAAAGAUGGAAAGGUUAUUCUGAGUUGUGGUCAUUGGGAUAAUACUGUCAAAGUAACUCUUAGUGAAACGGUUGUUACUGGUUCUCGAAGUUCAAACUUAUUAUCAUGGAAAGUUAAUUUAACAGAUGAUAGCGAAUUUCUAAGCAUUGAGAAUUCCCCUCUUCAAGCAUUCUAUGGGCAUGACGACGAG